GAAAGAGAAAGUGAAAACAAACUAAAACGGGUAUAAAUCCUGAUCCAGUGCAUUUGCAGGACAGAGCAGGAAGGUGCAGAGAGUUUUUUCCACUUCAGCUGACAGGGGGCAUCACCAGAGGAAACCAGAACAAUGAGUUAUGGAGACAUCGGGAGGGUUGAAACCUCUGGAGCUUCACAGGGAACGGCUCAGCAGGAUAGACUCAGUGUUUCAGGAGUGAGUGCAUCAUACCAAAUGGCCCAGAUUGAUGUUGGUAGAAUGGCGAGAUACAAAUCAAUGAUCCAAUGCGUUGGAGGCAGAUUUGGAAUCGAUCCAGCUAUUAUCGCUGGCAUCAUCUCCAGAGAGUCCAGGGCCGGAAAUAUUCUGCAGAAUGGCUGGGGGGACCAUGGAAAUGGCUGGGGACUGAUGCAGGUUGACGUGAGUCCACGAGGAGGUGGACACACCAAACAGGGGGACUGGGACAGUGAGGAGCAUCUCUCCCAAGGCACAAAGAUUCUCGUUUAUUUCAUUAAUCGCAUCCAGAACAAAUUCCCCUCUUGGAGCAGAGAGCAGCAGCUGAAAGGAGGGAUAGCGGCCUACAACACGGGGGAUGGAAGGGUCAGCUCCUACCAAAACGUUGAUGCCUGCACAACAGGUCACGACUACUCCAACGAUGUUGUUGCCAGGGCUCAGUGGUACAAAAGAAAUGGAUAUUAACACCUGGAAGUGAUAAAAAUCUAAAGAUGAGAAUGAAAAAAAAAACAUCUGUGUGCCGUUUGGUGAUAAAUAAAUGUAAUUCCAAGCAA